CGACAUUUGUCAUAAAACACUAAGCAGUUUUGGUUUAUUCUCAGGAUGUUUUUCGCUAACUAGAGAAUGAACUACUUACGAUUAUGCUUUGCACUCUCCGUUUGUGUUGGCACAAUACUUUCGCUAGAUGACGACAAUGAAUUGGAAACAGAUAAUGUGGAGGAAGACGAUGAAAACUUCGAAGGAGACUUGAUUCUUACACCAGAACAGAAAAGUAUUACGGAUGGAAGGGCACGAAAUGCAAUGUUGGCCGUGAAAUACAAAUGGCCUAAUGGAACGGUGCCCUAUCGGAUCAAUGUAGAUCAUUUUGGCCCCACUCAAAUCGAGUACAUUCGCAAAGCCAUGGACACGAUCGAAUCCGUGUCAUGCGUCAAAUUUGUUGAGGCGAAACCAAACGCUACGAAGUAUGUCCGGAUAGUUUCGGAAAAAAGUGGAUGUUCGUCGCAUCUGGGGUACAGGGGAAAACUGCAACGGUUAAACCUUCAGAGUCACUUUCCCGGGCAAGGAUGCUUCCGACUCGGUACAAUUAUGCAUGAGCUUCUGCACACGUUGGGGUUUGUUCAUCAGCAAAGCGCUUCUGAUCGGAACGACUAUGUGACGAUCAGUUGGGAUAAUAUUAAGCCCAAGCAUAAGCACAAUUUCAAGAAAUACGAUUACUACUCGGUGACUGACUUUGACGUGAAGUAUGACUAUGAUAGCAUUCUGCACUACACUCCAAUGGCUUUUAGUAGCAAUGGAAUGCCCACAAUCACGCCGAAAGAUCCAAACGCCAGGAUAGGACAACGUGAAAGGUUAAGUGAGGGAGACAUUCUUAAGCUUAAUCGAAUGUAUAAAUGCAAAGGGUAUAAACAAAAACCAAAAUAAACGUGUUUCGAAUG